CAACUCGCCACAACCAAACCUGACACAGACACAACAAGAGUCUGACCUAGCACAGGAGGAUUACAAGCCUGAACACUGUACUUGGGACAACUCACAGUUUCCAUUGAACACAUGUUAUCUAGGCCAGCUGCCUCUCAGGAGUAUUCUGAGCUAUGAAGGUGGAAGAGGAAAAGUUGGCCCACUACCAUAUGGAUAUCAUGUGAAGCUCCCAGAAAUAUUCCAGAUGGUUGGAUCAGAAGCCCUGUCUCAGAAACAUCUACUGACAGAGGAGUGGAGAAGUCUUAGUGGGGGAGUUUAACCGGAGAGCGAAACUUUGACACUCUUUUUUGGAAAACUGUAAGAGCUUGUGAGAAAGAUCCAACAUGGCAGUUGCCAGCAUAUCUAUCCCUGGUUUCACGCCGGGCCACAAACUGGGGUUUGAUGACUACAGUCUCUACAACAACCUGUCAGAUGACGAGCUGAUUCUGCUGGCUAUCGAACGCAGCCUCAGUGAUGCCCACAAUGCCACUUCACCCAGUGAAGCCAGCAACACCCCAACAGCUCUAGGCAGAAGAACAGUCCAGUAUAGGUCAAAUCCAUCCCCAACCAGGCCAAACCCACCAAGGCAGGAACCAAGACAUAGGCCACCUACUGCCAACCCAACUGACGCGGAACAGGACACUAUUGUGCAAGCAGUCCUGAAUGGUGAUGUGACUAUGGUUCAAGCUAUGGCUAAAAACAAUGCGAAUAACAUCCUGUGGCCUGACAAGUAUGGAUGGAUCCCGCUGCACGAGGCUGCAUAUUAUGGCCAAGACCAGUGUGUCAGGGAUCUUCUUGGGGCUCAACCUAGUAUGAUUAACAAGUGUGACCUGAAAGGCCAGACUGCUCUCAUCUUGGCGGUGUACAGGGAAAAGGUGGCCUGUGUAGAGAUGCUUCUGGAGAAGGGGGCUGACCCAGACCUCGCCAACAAGGACAGAGAGACCCCACUCUACAAAGCUUGUGAAAGUGGUAAUGCUGAGAUUGUGGUCAUGCUUCUGAAUCACGGUGCUGUGGUGAACAAACACUGCAUUCUGGGCUGUACAGCUCUCCAGGAGGCUGUGAGCCGCAACAACGUGGAGAUCUGUGAGAUCUUGGUCCAGGCCGGGGCGAAGCUCAGCCCAACCAACAUGUACGGUAUCGCGCCCCUAUUUACUGCAGCCCAGAGUGGACACGAGGAAACACUUCGAUUUCUCAUUAAACACGGUGCUGAUAUCAACAGUGAGGCAAGUGAUGGGGCCACCGCUCUAUAUGAAGCGGCUAAGAAUGGCCAUGAGGACAUUGUGGAGCUUCUUCUUUCUCAGGAUGCUGAUGCCAACAAAGCGGGCAAUAAAGGACUUCUGCCACUACAUAUUGCUGCCCAACGAGGAGCUGAUGGUAUCGUGUCAUUGCUGAUCAAAGUCACCAGCAAGUACAGAGUGAAUCGCAGUGGAGUCAGUCCCCUCCACCUGGCCGCCGAGUGCAACAGGGACGCAGUUGUGGAGAUCCUGAUUGAGGCCGGCUACGACGUCAACGCCAUGCUGUCAGAUGACCGCUCCAUGAUGUACGAGGACCAUCGUAGCACGACUCUCUACUUCGCCGUCGCCAACGGCAAUGUGGACGCAGCCACCAUGCUUCUAGAUGCCGGUGCCAUCCCGAACCUGGACACCUUCAACCCGCUACUGGUUGCAUUGAGGCAGGGUAGUAUCGAAUUGGUCACUUUGCUGGUGGAGCACGGUGCCAAUGUCAACGCCUACGUACCCACUCACCCCACCUCGUUCCCGGCCACCCUCAUAUUCGGUAUGAAGUACCUGUCCAUGCUGAAGUAUCUGAUGGACAAUGGCUGCGAUGCCCUCUCCUGUUUUAGUUGCACUUAUGGCAGUGGUCCACACCCACCACAUCAGGAGACCUCUGAGAGGGAUGACUUGCACUACAAUACCAAUACACUCAGAAACACUGGGGAACCUGUUCAGAUAAACAAAAUAACAAUUAAAUGUUUAGUAUGGGGAUUUUUAAUGACCACAGAGAGUCAGGUCACCCGUUUAACAUCCCAUCCGAAAGACAGCACUCUGAACAUGGAAAUGGCUCGUUCACUGCCCUGGGAUUCGAUCUUAAGACCGGAGGCCAGAUUGCCCCCUACUGAUCCUACAACACCACUUCCAGCAGCAUCUGGUCUCCCAUCCAGGACUCACCCUGCUUUGCUUCAGAGGCAAACCAGCAGUGGGAUGCAGGGUGGUAUGCUGUUGGCAACAGUUUUCUGUGAGGUAAUCUCUACACGCUGGGCAGGACCCAUCAUAGAUGUACUCCUGAAUUACGUUGGCCAUGUGAAACUCUGCUCCAGACUUACUGAGCACCUAGAUAGCUUGGAGGACUGGGAAGUCAUCAAGGACAAAACAAGGCAUUCACGUCCACUGAUGCAGCUGUGCAGGCUGAAGAUUCGCCAGCAGGUUGGAAUCCACAGACUGAGGUGCAUCAAAAAACUGCCCCUCCCACCACGACUAAUCAAGUACCUCAACCAUGAAGAGCGCAACCAAGAAAAUGUUUUGUGAAUAAUAGUCUGUGACAUUAUAGUCAAAGUAAGAGAUGAUGAGGGACUACAGCGCAAAAUCUCUUGACAUAAUCAGUGUUUUGGUGUGAAUCUUUUUACUUAUAUUUGAGCAGUAAUAUAGAGCAGUGCUUACCAACAUGGGGUACUGCAAGUGGUUCUCAAUUUAUUUUAUUAUUAUUAUUAUUAUUUUAUAUUUUUCUUCCAAACAUAAUACCAUAGGGGAGUAUAGUAUAUGGUAUUAUAAGCAAUUGUACAUUACUUUUUACAAUGCAAAUUGUGUUGCCCCU